UUUCUCACUCUCCCCCACCAACUUAUCUGGACAAUCGGAGAUCAAAAAGUUUUCAAAGAGAUGCACAUUCGUGGUGUGGACUCAAUCGUGCUUCAACCUUCCUGGGACAACUAACUAGUGUGAUGGAGGUACCGGUAUUAUGGGGGUUGAUGCUUUUGGCAGUCCUUCCUUUCAUUAAUGCGGUAGACAACUCAACUCUAGCGGCUUCGAACGAAAAUAGCACCUCUGAUACACCUACCAGUCCAAGACCCGUCAGAAGUCCUCAGAACUAUUAUUCAAUCUAUUCCAACCGGCUAAGACAGCCUUACUACCGUGACGACUCUGGUUAGUCCUCGAAAACAAAC